GACAGCCUUCAAUUUGUAUAUCAUUGAUAAAAUUUAAUAAAAAGUUUGCAGUGAACCUUUUAUCCCAUUUAUUAUACAUAAUAAAAUAAGGACACAAUGAAACAAACUGCAUAUAAAUACCAUGAAAGUGAUCAUUUGUUUAAACUUGUACACGUAUUUCAAAUUUUGAGGAGGAUAUAAGCUGACAAUGUUUACGGUGAUAUUUAAGAAAUAUGCUUCAGGAUAUAAACAAGAAAUUGAAAUAGUGACUGGUAUUUGAAGAAAACUCGUGCGGUAAGGAAGAACUCGAUUAAAAAUAUGGAAACGUCAUCUACCAAGAACGAAUUCAGAAAUACGCUGGUGUUGUCCGGCGCAUUUACAGCUAUUUUCACUGCUUACUUAGCAAUUCAAAAUCUUCAAAGCAGUUUGAAUCAAGAGCAAGGACUUGGACUAAUUUCUCUGUCAUGUAUGUACGCUUGUAUAAUAAUCUCUGGAAUUCUAGCACCUGCUAUUAUAAAUGUUUUUGGUGAGAAAAAAGUGUUAGUAAUUUCAUUUAUAUGUCACGUGAUUUAUAUAGGAACUAAUUUUUACCCAACUUUUGCGACAUUAGUUCCAUCAUCUGUGCUAUUAGGUUUAACAGCAGGACCAAUGUGGACAUCACAAAGCGUGUAUCUAUCCGACAUGGCCUAUUCAUACGCAGGAAGAACUUCAAAAGAUGGGCAUGCAGUACUAAGCAAAUUCAAUGGAAUUUUCUUUGCAAUGUUUGAAACCACACAAAUAACGGGGAAUCUUAUAUCAUCUUUAGUUCUACAACAGGGACGUUACAACAGCAGCAUCUCCAGUAAUGAAACAGUGGAAACAUUUUGUGGCAGCGACGAUUGUCCCAUGGCGGUAAAUGCUACCAAAAUUGAAGAGCCAGAGCGGCACGUUGUGUAUAUUCUUCUUGGCAUAUUUUUGGCUCUAGAUAUUUUUGGAGUGGUUCUCACUUCUGUUUUCUUGCCACCUGUUCAAAAGGUGAUAUCGAAACAGAAAGUUAAUCUUUUGAAAUCGCUAGCAUCAUGUGGAAAAGGUCUGACAGAUUUAAAUUUGAUUUUUCUCAUACCGCUGAUAAUAUUCAUGGCUAUGGAACAAGCAAUUCUUUGGACUGAUUAUACAAAGUCAUUUAUCAGCUGUCCGUUAGGAAUACAGAAGCUUGGUUUCGUCAUGGCAACUUACGGCGCAUCUACUACAGUAUUCGCACUUAUUGUCGCUCGGAUCUCAAAAUAUACGGGAAGAUAUAUUCUAUUCACCAUUGCUGGUCUGGUUAAUCUCGGAGUAUUGAUAACCAUGUAUGUUUGGAAUCCAAGUUCAGAGAAUAUUUUCCUCAUCUUUUUGGUGCCUGUUAUUUGGGGUGUUGCGGAAGGUAUUUGGCAAAUACAGUCAAAUGCGUUGAUUGCUCUGUUAUUCCCAGAAAAGAAAGACUCUGCUUUUGCCAACUACCAUACAUGGAAAGCUAUAGGAUUUACGUUGACAUUCGUGUAUGGGAACUUUCUAUGUGUGUCAACAAAAUUGAUAAUUGCCAUAGUGUUACUCAUGGUAUCAAUGUGUCUAUAUCUAAUUGUAGAAAUAAGAGUUAAACAAAGAAAACCAACUAGUAAAGAUAAGAUGAUGACCGAGGAAGUAAACUCGUUAGAUCCAGACAGCAAUGCGUCAUCGAACUAAAUAUAUAUACACAAUGCACUUGUAAUUUUUUUUUAUAAAUUUUACAACGUUUGUUAAUCAAUAUUUUCAGAGUUUUAUAUAAUUUAGUCAAUAUGUUUUUCCUGCCUGAUCAAACGCCUGAGAUUAUGCUCAAGAUUGAAUAUUUACAUAGUUAUAUAUCUGUACAUGAUUCGUGUUAUUUUUCUAUCAAUAUUCCCGUCAUUUAU